AUGGCGGCUUCAGGAGAAAGCCAAGAAGGAGAUCUGAAUAUUGAAAACGGUCUCUUUGAUUACUUGUUUGCUUCACCAGAGACUAUUGUUGGAAACAAGAAUUGGAGAAGUAAAUUGAAGGAAUUUUCUGUGUCAACAAUUGUUGUGGAUGAAUUUCACACAAUUUCAACAUGGGGUGAAGACAAGGAAGAAGACAAGAAAGCCUUCCGCAAAUGGUUUUCCUACAUUGGCGAGAUAAGAGCUUUAUUUCCUCACGCAUCUCUGCUGGCCCUCAGUGCUACAUGCACAAAGAAAAUUUCGAGACGGGUAAAAAAAGUUCUGCAACUGCAGGAUGACAUGGUUCAGAUACGGCUUUCCCCAAAUAAGCCAAAUAUCAAACUAGUUGUACACAAAAUCCAAAACUCAGUAGAUAUGGCUAUGGUUUGGCUUGUUGAUGCUAUUUGUAAUGAGGAUUUCCCUAGAACAAUUAUAUAUUGUACAACUAUUAAAGCUGCCUCUGAUAUGUACAUGUACAUCACCACAGAGAAACCUGAAGCUUCCUCUUCAGUGGAAAUGUAUCAUUCUGAAUCACCAGAAGCUAGUAAGCAAUAUAUUUUGGAGUCAUUGAAAAACAAAGACAGCCGUUUAAAAGUUGUGGUAGCAACAAGUGCUCUUGGAAUGGGUGUUGACUUUGUAGAUAUUAACAAUGUAAUUUUGUAUGGAAUACCCAAGAGCUUGGUAGAUCUAGUACAAGAAAUAGGCAGAGUUGGGCGUGAUGGUAAAGCUUCUAUUGCAGUUUUAUUGUUCAACUCAUAUCACUUGCGUGACGUAGAUAGUGAUGUUAAAAACAUGUUCAAAACUGAAGACUGUCGUAGACAUGCAAUGCUGACUCCAUUUGUAUCAGACUUUGAAUUAACAGAUUUGAAGAAGGAUCAUACUUGCUGUGAUUUGUGCUCAGUACAUUGCACAUGUGGAUCAUGCAAACUUUCUUCUAUGGAAAAACUAAUGUAUUUCAUGGAUACGGAUGAGUAUCAGUCUUCUGAUGAAGAUACAGAGUCUUAUGAUCUUUUGGAUUACGAAGAUGAUCUUGAUCUAUCAUUAGUUCAUGAUCGGGAUUUAAACGCAGAGUGAGAAUUCAUUGAACAUACAGGUGUAU